AUGAGUACAACGGUAAUAGCAGUGCCAAAAAAUGUAGAAGGAAGUAAACAAAGUACUGAUGCGACAAAUUUGAAAAAGAAAAAAGUGAAACAAUCAUCAUUUUGUAGUAAAUUAGCAUGUACCGGCAAGAAAAAGUCUGUUUUAAACAAUGAUGAAAUUAUUCGUGCAGCUGAUCAUUAUCUUCAAGCAUUAUUUAAUCAACAGCAAUUUAGCGGUUCAGUUCUAAUAGCCAAAGAUGGUGAAAUAUUAUUAAUAAAAGGGUACGGAUGUGCUGAUUAUACGUCUUCACUAGGUAAUAAUUCGCAAACCGUAUUUCGUAUUGGUUCUGUGACAAAACCAUUUACAGCCACAAUUGUUAUGAAACUUUAUGAAUUGAAUUUGUUAAGUUUAAAUGAUCCAUUAUCAAAAUAUGUGCCUGAUUUUGCAAAUGGAGAACAAAUAAAAAUCAAACAUUUGGUAUCGAAUACAUCGGGAAUAAUCGAUUAUACAGAAACGUCAAUAUUUAUGGAAUCAUUAGAGAAAAAUCUGCCUAUCGAUCGUGUCAUCGAUAUUUUUAGAAAUGAACCAUUACAGUUCACACCCGGCUCAAAAUAUGCAUAUUCAAACUCGAAUUUUAUUUUACUUGGAAAUAUUAUUGAAAAGGUGACAGGCAAAAGUUACGAAGAAAAUCUAUAUAAAUUUAUACUUGAACCAUGUUGUAUGAACGAUUCUGGAUAUGACUGCGAUCAUGAUACGUCUACUCCAAAACAACAAAUAGUUGAUUCGAAUAUAACUGAACAAAAACAAACAGAGUUAAUACUUGAAACAAAACCUCAUGAACCAUUGGUCAAAAAAACAAAACGAGCUUGUGGUUAUAUAUGUCAUACAGAUCCAGAUGGGUUAGGGACAUGUCGUUUCAUUGAUAUGAGUUUAGCACGUGCGGCUGGUGGUAUAUACAGUACCGUUGAAGAUUUGUAUAAAUUUGAUCGUUGUUUAUAUAAUGAAACAAUAUUGAGAAGAGCAACAAAAAAAGUUAUGUUCAAACCCGUGAAAGAAGAUUAUGCACUCGGAUGGAGAAUAGAACAUCCCGGAUCAAGAUUACCGUGGUUACGACAUUUAUGUAUAGCACACGAGGGUGAAAUAUUUGGAUUUAUGUCAGCAAUGGCACGUUUUCCGAAGGAUAAUGCUUUCAUCGCCGUAUUAAGCAAUUUUGAGCAUACAGAUAUAGCAAAGAUCAGGAGAGAUUUAACAGAUAUUCUUUAUGGACUUUAUCCAAAAGAAUAA